UUCAAGCAUAUCUCGACCCUUCGCACAAUGGCGCGUAGGCACGAGCUCGGGCGUGAACGCGCCCAGUCUGGACUGCCGUCUGGUCACAGUCUGCAACUCGGGAAGCGAAUAGGAGGGGCGAGUAUUGGGGAUGCCACGGGAAUGAUCCAUUAACCCCGCAUAAACCCACAUCCGCAUUUAUGGAUUAGUUUCUCCUGAAGUGUAGAGCGUCAUAUUUAUUGCUUCCGUCCUCACUGAAGUUACUAAAAUAUCCCUGACUGCUCUUAUUCACUUUGCACGCGGAACACAUGACGAAGGACCAGAGAUGUUCUGAAUGAACGGAGGAUCUGGCAGCCUUUCGAUAACAAUGCUGGAGAACUUGAGCGGAGCCCGCAUUGAUCGACCCGUCCCUAGAUCAUCCACGUUCAGCUUCUCUGCCCUGUUUGCUCUGCCACACCAUCUUCACAUGGAUGGGAGCAGUCAUCCAUUCAGGAGGACUCUGUACCGCUUAAAGUUGGUGAGUUCUCCAAAUCUGAGUCAGCUGGGGAAAAAUGAAAAGGCUUCAUUGGAGGAGAGAGGAUCAGGCCCUAAUGCCACAUGGAACAGCAUUCACAACGCAGUUAUUGCUGUAUUCCAAAAGAAAGGACUGGCCGACAAUGAACUCUAUACGCUCAAUGAAGGCGUGAGGCAGCUAUUGAAAACAGAGCUGGGCUCGUUCUUUACUGAAUACCUCCAGAAUCAACUUUUAACAAAAGGCAUGGUCAUUUUACGGGACAAAAUAAGGUUUUAUGAAGGUCAGAAGUUAUUGGACUCUUUGGCUGAGACAUGGGACUUUUUCUUUUGCGACGUUCUCAAUAUGCUUCAAGCCAUCUUCCACCCAGUACAGGGGAAGGAGCCGUCGGUGCGUCAGCUGGCCCUGCUGCACUUUCGUAACACCAUCACCCUUAACGUGAAGCUAGAGGAGGCUCUGUCCAGACCACGAGCCCGUGUCCCUCCCUCCAUCGUCCAGAUGCUACUAGUGUUACAGGGGGUUCAUGAAUCCAAAGGUGUGAGUGAAGAAUACCUGAAGCUGGAGUCUCUGAUUCAGAAGGUGGUGUCUCCGUACCUGAGCACGCAGGGACUGUGUUCACACGAGUGUGGCGCAUCUCUCUGCUCAUGUGUGAUCGAGAGGCGUUUGCAGUAUUGCUGGUCCAAGUCUGCAGACCUGCCCUCCAGUAACCCCGUAGUGCGCUCCAAGAGUUACAACAUCCCCAUGCUGACCCCCGUGGCCGAGUACGACUCCGAAGUGAGCUCUGUGGGCAGCGUGGGCAUCCGGCGCCACUCCGCAUGCGAUGUCACUUCCUGCAUAGAGCACCAGGGCUAUUCGGCCCUGUCUGUGGGAAUAGAGACCAGCUCGACCCCCAGACUCUCAUUGGAUCACGAGCUCACCCUGUCCGGUGUGGUGCGAGGGGCCACGGGACAGCCCGCUCUAAUUUCUCCGCCCGUCUUCAUCCACACCUCCGCGGGGUGUCUGCACGCACCGGACGCCCAGGUGGCUUCAUCCGAGGUGGACAAAGGCCUUCCGUCACCCCCGAGCUGCUCCUCCAGUCCUGAGACCAUUGUAAUGCAGGGGCUGGACUCACUGGAAUCGGAUCCUGACGGAAUCUUCAUCGACUUUUCCCACUGCCGCUCCGAUUCUUUUGGAACAAGCAGGAAAACUAGCUGAUGGAAUUAAUUGCUGUGAAGAAUCCAUUUCAAAUGAUUGAUUAUAAACUACUACUUUUUUUUUUUCUGUGAACUUGUGAAGUAGCUCUGUACGUUAUGUAUUUUU